AAAGAUGGCAGUUCUCCCACAAUUACCCCGAAGAACUAGGAUCUGAUUGGUUUCAUGGGUCAGCGGAUUGGUCUCAGCUUCAUGGACGUCAAAACUGCUAACGAUCUCUACCAGUGCAGUGCUCAUUGCUCGAAUUCGAUCAAGUGUAAUAAUGGAGGUGUGGUCGGACCCGACUGUACGUGUUUGUGUCCUUGGGGACUAAGCGGAUAUAACUGUGACGAUGUCAAGUAUUCAACGGCAGAUUGUGGUGGCGUGCUGCGACAACAAGACGGUUCCAUCUCAUCUCCCGGCUACCCAAACCGUUACCAUGACGACACAACUUGUCAUUGGCUUAUUUUGGGGCCACCGGGUUCCACCAUCAAGUUAUGGUUUAACCAUUUUGAAAUGGAGGAAGAUUACGAGGGUCCUUGUGAUUACGACUGGCUGGAGGUUCGAACACUUGGACCACACUUAGCAGGGCUCAAACUGUGUGGUUCAGGUCCAUCUACAUCGUUGGACUACCCAGGCAAUGCACUCUACUUGCGCUUUCAUUGUGAUGAGUCAUAUAGCGAAUACAGUGGCUUUGAGGCAGGCUACUCUAUUUCUGGAGGCUACAAUGAUUAUGACUGGUGAUAAACAUUUAGUAACUGUUAAAAAAAUAAAAAUGCAUUAAAUGCAUUGAUUUAACAGAAAUUAUCCAUCAGAAGUUGAGAUUUCCAUACAUAACCGCAAGUUCCUGAUGACGUGCAUAAUGAUGCAAAGUGUACGAAAAUUCAGUUAUUUGUAAAACAUGUUUCUGUAAUAUGACAACGUACAAUACAGAAAAUUAUAACAUGCCAACAGCUUAAAACUGAAUGUCUCUCAAUAACCAUAUUUAAAACAGAAAAAUAGUAUUGCAAAAUACUUUUACAAGAACAUUUUAUUAAACAUCUGCCAUUGAAAUCAUACAUACAUUCACUGAAGGCAUAAAAAUAGUUUUUUGUAAAACUAUUAUUUUUAAUGUGAUAAAAUCACUAUUUGUAGUUUAAUACGAUGUAUGUCUAAUGAAUCCCAUUUUACAGUAAAGUUUAUUGGCGGAUCCAGAGGGGGUCACAUAAGUCCCAUGACCCCAUCCCCUACUCAUUUGAAGUGCCCUUUUUAUAACUUUUUAAGUCAUCAUUCACUUUAAUUAUUGACACUAAAUUGCUCUGAAAACACAUCUCUGAACAUCCUCUGGGAGAUUGUUAAACUCAAGUUGCCCUUUUACGAAUUUUGUCACUCCCCACCCCUACCCCAUUACAAUACCCUGGAUCCACUCUUGAGGUUUACUUGUAUAUAAUUUGUGUUUUGAACUCAGCAUAAUUAUAUAAUCUGUUAUUUACACAAUUUAAUCUGUCCAAAAUAAAUUUCUGUAUUCUUAAAUUAGUGCUCA